GACGAAUUUCAGGGCUUUACAAGACCUCUCUCUAAUAGAUCAUUUCUUACACAAAACGCCCUGACAUCCCUCGCACCUGAACCGACGUAUUGGAACCGUAAUAAACACAGCAUCGUUUCUCACCCUCCCACACGUGAUUCAAUUCGUGGCGCUCGCUCAUCACCGGCUUCAUCUUUGUCCUCGUCAUCAAUCAAUUCGCGAGCAUCAAGUCACCGACGCACUUCUCGCGAACAUCACCGCAACGCCCAACCCAAGUCGUAUCCUCACUCACCCCCGUCCAGCAUGGUGGGCGUUCCCGGUCGCAGCAAAGGCUGCAAUACCUGUCGGAAGCGACGGGUCAAAUGUGACGAGACCAAACCAACUUGUCUCCGGUGCACCAAAGGCGGCUUCGAAUGUCUCGGAUACGAGCGAGCGCGUCUUUGGCAUCAUACGUCCACCGCACCGUUCCCAGUGACGACGCCGCUAAUCCCGGAGACUGAGGUCCAGCACGAUGCGAUUGUGCUCGCAGCGGAUCGCGUGCCGUCCCCGCCUCCGGAGCUCAGCCUGAUUGCGUUCCAAGGCGACUUCUGCUUCUCGUUCAUGUUUUCCAACUUUGUCUGGCGCUCUUACGGCGCUCUUUGGCUUGACCAGGCUGCCCAGGGCAGGCUCGGGGGCCUCUCACUCGACGCGACAAAAGCCCUCGCGCAAGCCAACUUUGGACGACUGAACCACAAGUCAGAUAUUGAGCUCGAGGGAGUGGUGCAGUAUGGACAGUGUCUAAAGACUCUAGCGGAUGAUCUCGGCAGGUGCAUGACCUUGGUACAGGGUGCGGAGGACCUGCUGGUUCCAAUCUUGGUGUUGCUGAUGCAUGCGGCAUCGCACGCUGAUCGCACCGGAGCCAUGUUCCAUCUCAAAGGAAUCGCAAGGUUGUUGUACCUUUGCGGGCCAGAGGCUUUCCAACACCAACCGUAUCUCAACGCAUUCGAGGCUGCGAGAGCCACGCUGCUGAUUGCCGGGCUGGUUGGCAAGCAACGGCUCUUCUUCGACGACAUCAAGUGGCGAACCGUGCCGUGGGCGCUGAAUCCGGCCUCAAAGACACCGCAAAGCGAGCUUCUUGACAUCCUCGUUGUCGUACCCGGCAUACUGCAGGAUCACGCAGCCUCCGAGAAGGCAGCGGCUCUCGAAGCCUUUUCGCACUUGGAUAUAGCGGAAAGAGUCCAGGAGCAACUAACAAUACUAUACCAAUGGCGUUGGCGAUGGCAGGCGGAUUCCGGCGACCAGGUCACUGCUGAUACCGGCAGAACAUGGCAACCCAACGGAGCCGCCGCCGCGGUCUUGGGCUCUAUCGGAACUUCUAGGCAUCUGGGACGCCUCCGGUUUGGUAAAUUCAUCGCCGCCACUGAGAUAAUGCUCUACAACGCGGCCCUGAUGUGGCUUCUCGCCCUCCUCUGGAAGACGGACCCCCUCGGCGCGGGCAGACGCAUCGAAGCUUGUGCGACUGCUGCAAUGCCCGAGGAUGAUGAGGCUAGAUGCAGAUCAUUUGAGCCGUUCCGCCGCCCGGGCGCGUCACUGACAGUUCGCGAUCCUGCCCUGGAGGUGUGUCUCGCGUUUGAAUGGGUGAGCCGCCAUCACAGCCGGAGCAAGGACCCAUCAUUCUUGUACUUGUUUCCAGUGGGCAUGGCGAUGAGCGUGCUGGAUCAAGAACCGGAAAUCAAGAAAUGGGCGCAGGCGCUGUUGGAGAAGAGCCCGAUUACGGCAAACUAUGCCCAGGGCGACAACCCGGCGGGCUUUGGAUUUUACCUGACUCGGCAGGCAUUGGAUCCUGAGGAGAUCCAGGCCACGCAGCAGUUAUUCUCGGUUCCGGACUUGGUGGCCGUGAAUUAGGUGCUCUUCGGGCACAGUUCUCUUGUGAGGAAUUGCCUAUUAUCGGUUAGCAAUUGAGAGCUUAUCAAUCUUUAUUCAUUCCUCCCAAAGCAUUUGUGAAUUUCUCAUGGAAGAAGAGAGGAUUUAACAUAUUUCAGAUGCGAGAAUCCGGAUUGAACACUUGGUGCAACUGGGGAUAAUAAGAGAGACAGAGUAGCGACGGUUGGUAAAAAUGAAACCUACAAAAUAGCCUCUAUAAUUAUCUAUACAUGACAGUCUCCCAUAAUCUCCCUGCUAGCUUCAUUGCUUCUCCCAAGUCCUCGCGGUUCCCUUCCCGUCUAUCAUUCGCAAAGUACCAUAAGCCACUUUUCCUCGGCCAAAGACUCCUGCAUCGUCACAUUGUCUCCAGAACUUGACUUCUAGUCAAACCCUUGAAA